AUGUACAUUUAUGCUACAAUAUAUUUGCCAAGGAUCCCCCACAGAUCCACAAUUAUGCCACAACAAUAUAUUUGCCAAGGAUCCCCCACAGAUCCACAAUUAUGCCACUACACUAUAUUUGCCAUGGAUCCCCCACAGAUGUACAUUUAUGCUACACUAUAUUUGCCAUGGAUCCCCCACAGAUCUCUGGGGACACCUUCCACAAUCAACUUCACCCUGAGCCAGGGCUCAGACUACACCUGUACCUGGAACUUUGGUGACAACACACCAUUGGAAGUCACUGACGAGACAAGUACGCCCAAAACUGGAGCCUCCAAGUUACACACGUACAAAACAACUGGGGACUUUAUUCUGACGGUCAACUGCUCCAACAAGGUCAGCACGGUCGUGGAGAAAGUGACCAUCAAAGUCUUGGAGGCCAUCACCAACCUACGCAUGGUCAGUCUGGGCGCCCAGAAGGGGCAGGAUUACGCCCUGGAGUGGACGACCGACUCGGGCGAGGAGAUCACAUUUGUGGUCAUAUACGAUGGUGUCAGCCUCAGCUCAUACAGCAGUGUCAGUAAAUAUCGCUGGAAGACCAGCCUGCAGCCAGGAAGGGCCGCGAGUUCGAUCCCACUGAGCAUCAAGGCGUCGAACCCGGUCAGCCAGGCCAACAUCAGCGCCACCUUCCAGAUUCUGUCUGUGAUCGUCAACCCUACACUGACCACCGUCAAGGUCAACCUGUCCAGCCACGAGCUAGUCAACUUUACAGUGAACAUGGACUCCGGAUCUGACGUCACGGUUGUUAUUGACUACGGCGACGGAGAAAGCAGCAAGUAUGACCAACCAUUAGGCGUGGAAUGGGUAAAGCCGGUCGUUUUCCAACACACGUAUGUCAAUGGCGGACGUUUUACCGUCACUGCUACCAUCUCUAACGCUGCAGGUACCUACAAAAAGAGUGUCCAGGUGUUGGUGCUGGUCAGUGUGCUGGCUAUCGAGUGCCAGAUGGUUGACCACUCUCUGUACCACCCGCCAGCCUACGUCAACUUGACCUUCAACUCCAGCGUCAUGCCCACAGAGCCGACCUUGACCUUGAACUGGGGCGAACCUCAGAGUCAGGAUCUUAACCCAACACUGCAGAUCAACGUGCCCUACACACACACCUUUGGGGAUACCGGCGUCUUUACCGUCACCGCAAACCUGUCCAACCUACUGGGACAUAAGACUUGCCAGAAGAGCAUCACUAUCGUUGAGAAGCUCAGCGGCCCCAGUUUUCACAACAAGUUUACCGCCGCCGCCAAGGGACUGCCCUUCUCCGUGACCUUCUGCCUCUACCGUGGUCCCAGCCUUGACCUCUGUAAUCUGACCUUUAACUUUGGGGACGGCGGCGGAGACCAGAUAUUUCCCAGACAAGGUAACCAACCAAUCAGCAGUUGCUGUUUAAUUGACAACACAAAUAUAGCACGUUCUGGCAAAGACGGCUGUGACACUAAGAAUGUCACCUACACUGACACAACCACAAAGCUUAUCACCGUGACAGCCACGUCAUACUUGGAGACGGUGACUGACAGUGUGUCAGUGCCAGUCAUCAUCGGCCUCAGAGCCUCGGAUAUUGAGGUCACUAGCAGCGGCAACCAGUUUGGCGGUUUCGGCUUUUGUGACAACCUGUUCUUGUUUUAUCUUUCUCUAAAAGUUGUAUCGUCACCCACCUCUCAAAUAUUCCCGCCAUUUUAUUUCCUGCUUCCAUGUGUUCUCUCCAAAAAAAAAAAUGGCCACCUAUAG